CUAACGUCUUCACAGGCAGUGAAAAUGCACAUCAGUGAUAUCACAGUGUUUAGCUACGAUGCUAACUAUCGUUACGGCACGUACUCGAUGUCUCACGGCCGAUCAACCAAGGGACAGAAGUCUAUCGUCGUCCGAAUCCUUUCUGACGACGGUAUCGAGGGUUGGGCCGAAACUGCACCUCUCGGUAGCGACUAUCUGCCAAGUUCAUUCACCGGGGAACUCGCCGCGUUAAAAGAACUAGGGCCCCAGGUCCUUGGUCUAGAUCCCAGGUCGCCCGCAGCGAUUGAUGAGGUCAUGGACCGGACCAUGAUGGGAGCCAUGGCCGCCAAGGCUGUCAUAGAUAUGGCCUGCUGGGACAUUCUGGGUAAAUCCAUGGGUCUUCCGACCGCUAUUCUGUUCGGCGGAUUCCUUACAGAGAGGCCCCGUGCCUUCUCGGUCAUUGGAAUCCGAGAUGCGGAGGCAGCGGUCAGUCAGGUCCAAGGGGAGCGUAACAAGGGCGUGACAGCGAUGCAGCUCAAAGUUGGAGAUGAUCCACUGGCUGACGCCCAGCGAGUCAAAUCCAUCCAUGACGCUCUUACCGACAACGUCCAUAUCUGGGCUGAUGCCAACGGCGGAUGGACCCUCGGUCAGGCUCUUACUUUCGCUCGCGCCGUGGGACAGGACAUUACUGUGGGACUGGAACAGCCUUGUCGUACACUGUCCGACUGCGCCGAGAUAGGCCGCCGUACGGGGCUACCCAUCAUCCUCGACGAGAGCGUCGUGACAAUGACUGAUCUCUUCGCGGCGCAUGCGGCGGGCAUCACAGGCAUCAAUAUCAAGCCCUCCCGGGUCGGUGGCCUGACCAAGGCCCGGAUGCUACGCGACGCAGCUGCCGCCCUUGACAUGGUUAUAAACUGUGACGAUACAUGGGGCUCUGCGUUGACAACCGCCCAGAACGUGCUAUUAGCCACUACCACCCCGAGCCACCGACUGUGCGCGGUUGACCUAUUCGCGGAAUGGACAGAACCAUUGAUUGCCGAUAUUCCUCGAAUGGACUCGAACGGCAGGGUCACUGCCAACACUCAUCCUGGCAAUGGAUAUUGUGCCAUUCAAGUAGAACACCUUGCCGAGCCACUAUUCCAAAUCACCUGUUAA